AUGUCCCUCCUCUCCGCCCACCUGGACCAGAUUUCGUACUCUUGCCAGGGCAUUGACGCUCUCCCCUUUCCUCGACCCAGAAUCUUCACCAACGCCCUCCUGUCAUCCCACGACAUCACGACGCUCAUCCGCGACACGGAACCCCACGAACGUGCCCUCUUCUCUGUGCCGGCACCCCCGUCAUCCUCGGCCUCCCUUCGUACCGUUGCGCCCGAGGCGGGAUCCGAGGCCUCCGAGCGUCGGCGGACCGUCUUCAACGUCACCUCGGGCGAGGUCACGGCAGGCCCCCCCACCCGAGGGUCUUCCCAGCCACGGCGUCACACUGCCGUUGCCGCCGUCCUCGGCGGCGAGAUGCACGAGCGGCUGCGUCGGGGCGAGGCAAACCGGAAAGGUGACCUGGACGUCGAAACGCUGCUUCGCGGCGCCGAGAAGCUAUGCGGCGUCUACGAGGUUCCCGGCGCAAGGGAGCGCAUCGCCGCCUUGCGAAGCAAACACCGCACCCUCGGGAACACAAUGGCCUAUUACGAGGCCAAAGUCAACGAGCAGGCCGAGCAGCUGGCCAGCCUGAACAAGGACUGGAUGGGUGACGACGACGACAACAAUGGUGCCGACAAAGGCGGGGCCCAGGACGAGAGCGAAUUGUGGACCGAGGACGACCUACGGAGGGAAGAGGACGAAGCCCGGCAGAUGGAAGUGAAGAAAAGGGAGCUGCAGUCGAGGCUGCGGACCAUGGAGAAGGAUCUUGGAGGGUUGAUGCAGAUGUGA